GUUGUCCUCUUGCGUUGAACAGUAAAAUUAUACAUUCUACAUUUAAUAAAAAAAAAAGGAAAAACUUUUUUGCGUGCCUCCAGUUUCCCUUCUGAAGCACAGCAGGUGACUUUUUAUUUUACUUGAUUUCUUCAGCGACGCUGGUUGUGGAGGAUGAGUGCAUUCCCUUCUACAACUGGCACUCAACCUCGCUCACCCCCCACCCCAAGUUUUUCUUUCUUUAAACAAAAAUAACUUGGCCUUAAAGGCAGGUAAGGGGAGAGGGCCUCCUGCUGCGAGGUUGCAGAUAUUUUGCUGCCCUUGCAGGGUUCGCAGAGAGAAGAAGAGCUGACGAAGGAGGAGAAAGUCACGGAGAAAAUGUGGGACCCGAAAAAGCCAGCACAAAGGGUGUCAAUUGCAUGGCAUUGAUUGAGGACCCAUGCUACAUGUACCUAACCUGCAAAAGCUUAUGGGACCCUGACUCUCUCAAAGCUGCUUCCGCACUUUCUGAAUUCAUGAUGAAUAGGAGGAAUGAUUGGCCUUCCAUUUCAACUUUGAAGAAUGCCAUCAUCUCAAUCAUAGGCAAAAGUGAUGAGAUGAAUGUCUAGCAAAAAGGAUUUUCUUUCUAAAUCCAAGUGGUACCUGAAACUUGAUAGCUCGGCAAAUCCAGUAGACCGGCAGUAGCACUUCCUGAGAGUGCAAUUCCAGCAUCUUGGACUGGGAUGGAGAAUGACAUUUUCAAUGGCUCAUUCCUCAAUUUUAGUCAAAGUAACAUGAUUCUUGAUCCAACCUUUGGUUCUUUUCUCCAGUCAGGCAUACCGGGCAACAACAUCCACAGGCAAAUGUUUGCCGGUAAUCUCUUUGUUUCUGCAGUUCAAGACACAGCAACUGCUGAUGUUUAUUUGACAAGCAGUGAAGCUAGUCCAUUUAGUGGCACCUCGUUUUCUAGAACCUUUACUCAGAUUGGUAAUGAUUCAUUCAAUCGAUCCAUUGCCAAUGUUGGCCUCCGUGAGCAUUUUUCAGGAACUUCCCUUUCUGCCACUUCACUUGCUAAUCUUUUAUCUUCCACCACCUGUGUGCCAGAAAACAGUACGGGGGAGGAUAUGAUAGUUACUUCAUCACUUGCAGCAUCACCUCACUGUAACUUUGGGUCGCCAAGUGAUAUCAAUCUCAUGUGGAAUCAGAGCGAAUUGGUCGGUCAUCAAGUGCCUUUAGGCAAAACAUUCAGUGUAGUUCAACCAUCCUAUCAUAUAAAGAAGGGUUCACUGCCUGGUUGGAACUGUCACGACCCGAAUUGGAAUUUCUGGCAUGCUUAUGGCAACCCAGCACCGGCUCCAGGUAGUGAACUUUCUCUCAGUGUUGGUUCCUGUCAGCCAUGUGGCCCAUGUCUCACCGACGCUGGCAAUAUUGCUGAUCAAUGCUCCGAGAUAAGCUGUUCUGCUGUGACUCAAGUUACAUCAGCAGACAGUGCGCGCCGUUCAACUGAGUUUCAAGCUUCCAAUCAUGCUAACCAAAGCUCUCUCAAUGAUUUCUGUUUGAGAAUGGCACAAAAGGAGAAUAAUGCAUGCACUGAGAAGCCUUCUCGAAAUCACAGCUCUUCUCGCUUCGUUCAGUUAUCCCAUAUGUUGUCAAGAUCAAAAUAUCUUGAUGCAGUGCAAGAAGUUCUUGCUGAAUUUGCUACAUGUGCACUAGCAGAUUUCAACAACAUGAAUGAUUCACCGGAGGCUAAAGUGUCUUUUUCUUCAAGCUGCUCUAGCACGCCAGAACACCCUAUAACUGUUUCAGAAUUGCUACUUGCAUUUGGGCAAACUGAAACUCUGGACAAUGUGGAUUCUCAAAUGUGCCAGGAAGCUAAUAGAAAGAAAAGUGAGCUGCUAACAAUGCUUCAAUUGGUGGAUCACAGUUACAAUCACUGCUUGGAGCAGAUGCAAGAUGUCAUGGCCUCUUUUGUUUCCCUAAUCCAGUCAAGCACCUCUGAUCGCCAUGCCCGCUUUGCAUUACAUUCAGUUUCUUCACUAUAUAAAAGCUUAAAAAGGAGAAUUACUAGUCUGGUUAUACUGAUUGCUCAACAAUCUGGUGCCGAAAAACUCAAAGGAAAGGAAAAGAACCUUGAAUCCUCAUUGCUCCAGAAGCAGUGGGCUCUGCAACAGCUGAAGAAGAGUGAACAACAAUCUUGGAGGCCACAGAGAGGUUUGCCUGAAAAAUCUGUCUCCGUUCUACGAACUUGGAUGUUCGAGAACUUUUUGCAUCCUGUGGAUGAUCUCAGGUACCCAAAAGACAAUGAGAAGCAUUUACUUGCAAUAAGAAGUGGUUUGACUCGGAGUCAGGUGUCGAAUUGGUUUAUAAAUGCUCGUGUGCGUCUUUGGAAACCGAUGAUUGAAGACAUGUACUCAGAGCUCAACAAAAAGAGAACAGAUGAAGCAUUGGAUGGUGAAAGCAGGAGCGAAAAUGGAAACCUUUGCGGUCCAAGUUUUCUAGCCAUGUAAGGAUCCAAGCUUCUACUAGAACUGUUCAAGUAAUUCUCAGCAUUUGGCCAUGGCAACUCUUCUUCAUGGUGAGAAAAUGAUGUUAUCAUUUGUACUUAUUGGUUCUUGUACUGUCGAUCCAAGAUUCAGUAUAUGAUGUUAUCAUUUGUACUUAGAGGAUGAGAUUGAUUGAGCAAGUUGCAUGAGUCAAGUUGUUGGGGUAGGACGAAUGAAUCAGUUGAGCUAAUCAAGCUAGAUGAGCACGGUUAGACCAUGUGAUAUAGCUAGCC